AUGGCACCCAAACGCGGAAAGGCGGCAGACAAAGCAAGUGAGGACUAUGACUCUAUGACCUUGGCUGCACUCAAGACGAAGGCCCAGGAGCUGGGAGUCGUCCAAAGUGGCACCAAGAAGGAUCUCAUCGAGCGCCUGCGCGCUGUUGCUCAACCUAAGAAGCGUGCCGCUCCUGCUCCGCCAGCAGAGGAGAAGGCGCCCAAGCGAGGGAAGGCUGAGUCCGGGCCCGUCGAAAAGGCGGAGCCCAAGGGCAAGGCCAAGGCGAAGGCCAAGAGCCGGGGCAAGGCAGCUGAGGAGGAGCCACCGAGCCCCAAGGCCAAGGCCAAGGCCAAAAGCCGCCCCUCCAAAGAUGAGGAGCCACCGAGCCCGAGCAAAGCAAAGGCCAAAGCCAAGGCCAAGGCCAACCCGACGGCCAGCCAAGACGAUCCUUCUAUGGGCCCAAGCCUAGAUGACAUUACGCCAGCAGAAGGUGAGAUCUUCUAUGAAGACGGGACUUGGAGCGUGGAGAACGCAAAGUCUGCGCGCUCAACGUGCAAAAUCUGCAAGGAUAAAAUUGCAGCACAGUGCCUGAGGAUUGGAAAGACGGUGAAGUCUGACACGUUCGAUGGCAACAUGACGAUGUGGUAUCAUGCAGGUUGCCUCUUGUCGGGAAACAUCCUGCCAAGCUCAGUAACGAUCAUCUCGGGAUUUUCGAGCCUGCGGCCGGAGGAGCAGAAGGCCAUCGCCAAGUUCGUCCCCAAAGGGGAGGGUGCAGGAGCCACUGACUCCAAGCUGGCCCAGCAAGGCAAGAAGCUCCACGAAAUCUUGGAUAAGCUGAAUCAGAUGGCGCCGAAGCAGAUUGCCGAGAUGGCUGCAUUGAACAACUAUCCCGUGCAGAAGCUACAUGUAAGCAGCACCUUGGCACAGCUGUGUGCUGAUGGCAUCAUGUUCGGUGCCACGCAGCCGUGCGAGGUUUGCAAGGACCAUGGAAGGCCCGGUCCCAUUCUGCUGGAUGGAGAGGUGUACAAAUGCAUUGGCUGGGUAUCGGACCACCUGAAGUGUGACUUCCAGACCCAGACGCCGGAACGCGAAGUGUGGAAGCUGACGCCAGCGGCCAAACAGUCGCUCGGGAACAUGAAGUGCAAGGUGGGGAUCCGAAAGUUUGCCACGAAGAUGUCCGAGGAUGGCACACUGCCAUCGCAGUCGCAGGCCUCGAGCUCAUCGCAAGCGAGGCCGCCUUUGCUGAACUUGACGGUCUACUUGGCCAAGGGCUUCUCAGACGACAAGAAGAACGAGCUCGAAGAGCUUGUCAAGUCCCACAUGGGCAAAGUCUGCAAAACCAUCACGAAGGCAACAUGCUUUGUUGUCUCCUCCGAAGAGCUCAUUGAAGAAGACCCGGAGGAGGUGCAGGCUGCGAAGACGGAAGGUGUACCAGGUGUCGAUGAGUUCUUCCUCUAUAAGCUGGAGGCUGGGACCACGACCAACAUGGCUCCGAAUCUCCUUUGGGGUGAGGCGCCCCGAAUGUUCAGAGCAAUCGAAGAGACAGGCACUGCGAAAACAGUUGAAAAGGAAGGCGUUGCCAUGGAUGUGGACAUUGGAGAGUUGAUGGAGAGGACCCACGUGCUGGUCGACAGGUCCAAGAAUCGUGUAUACAGCGAGACUUUGAGCCAGACCGACCUGACUUCGGGCACAAACAGCUUCUACAAGCUUUAUCUGCUCGAAUCUGACAAGGACUCGGGCAGCAGCUGCUACUGGGUCUGGCGAAAGUGGGGUCGUAUAGGUGUCAAUGUGGGUGGCACAAAACUUGAGGAGUGGAAGACCGACAAGGAGGCGGCCAUCAGGUCCUUCGGCAAGUGGUACCUUGACAAGACCGGCAACACGUAUGGGCACAAGCCUGGCGAGUUCGUGCAGAAGCCCGGCAAGUUCAGCCGGGUGGAUGUGGCACACAAGGCUCUGCAGAAGAAGAAGGCGAAGACGGACAACGAGGAGCCUGAUCCAUCGCAAGAGGAGCCUCAGGAUGGCCAGCCGCUAGGUCAGCUAUCCAAGGCAGCCGUCGAGAAGGGAAACGCCGUCCUGGACACUAUCGAGUCUGUCCUGUCAGGGGUUGCAGAAGGUGCCUCGCUGUCCGCGGUGCAGCGAGCCACCGUGAAAAAGUCAUCCGCAGAGUUCUACGCUCUCAUUCCACACAACUUCGGCAUCAAGGCACCUCCCCCCAUCGACACGCAGGACUUGCUGGGUGCCGAGCGAGCCCUUCUUCAGUUCUACCUUCGCAUGGGCUUUGAGGAGAUUGGCGGAGGAGAAGAUGAGGAGAAGCUCACCCCCAUCUCUGGAGUCAUGGAGCUCGCGCUGCCGAGCACCUUGAAAGCGGGCUGCAAGGGCAUCUGCAAGCAGCAGGAUGUGGACAGCUGCACAAAGAAAGGCAAGAUUCUGCAGGCUGGAACUUCGGCUGUCAUGAAAGUCAGAUAUCGAGAGGUGAACAGAAACGUGGUCCUGGGGAAAGCUGUUGGACUGCCACUGUGGCAAGUGCUAGUCGUUUCUUAA